CAUUCAGUGCUCUACACAGUAUGGCCGGCGAUAUUAGCUAGCACUCGCUAACGGUAUUCUCUGCAAAAGGGAAGACGGUAACACAAGAAAAUCAACACCUGGAUUGCUUAAAGGACUGUACCUCAAUAAAUUAUAACGGAUCGAAGAAGGAUUAAUCAAGUUGUAAACAUUACAACCGAAGUUUAAUCAUUUUUGUUGGGUGUCUGUUGUCUCAUGAUGGAAGAUAAUGGUGCACAUUUCUUCGAGGGGACCGAGAAGCUGUUGGAGGUGUGGUUCUCUCGGCAGGAUGAGACCAAAGGUACCGGGGACCUCCGUACCAUCCCGAGGUUUGAGUGGGACAAACUUUUGGAAAAUGUGCAUUGUUUGAUCAUAAGUGUGACAAAGUCUGACAAACAGGAAGCUUAUAUACUCAGUGAGAGUAGCAUGUUUGUCUCCAAGAGACGUUUCAUUUUGAAGACAUGCGGAACCACCCUCUUACUGCAAGCACUGGUGCCUCUGCUGGAACUCGCCAGGGAGUACUGCGGUUUCGAUGCCAUCGAGAAUUUCUUCUACUCCCGCAAGAACUUUAUGAAGCCAACCCAUCAGGAGUUCCCUCAUCGAAACUUCCAGGAGGAAGUGGACUUUCUCAGCCAGAUUUUCCCAAAAUGUUCCACCAAUCCCGUCCUUCCGUGCUGUGAUUGGUUAGAUGGUGCAGCCUACUGUAUGGGACGUUUGAACUCUGACUGCUGGUACCUGUUUACCCUGGACUUACCAGAGUACUGGGAGAACAAGCAUGCGGAUCAGACGCUGGAAGUUCUGAUGAGCGACCUCGAUCCAGCCAUUAUGGACCAGUUCUAUAUGAAAGAUGGUGUUUCUGCAAGUGAUGUCACUCGUAUGAGUGGAAUUCGUGACCUGAUACCAGGUUCUGUGAUUGAUGCCACAAUGUUCAAUCCUUGUGGAUACUCAAUGAAUGGAAUGAAGACUGACGGAACUUACUGGACCAUCCACAUCACCCCGGAGCCGGAGUUCUCCUACGUUAGCUUCGAAACCAACCUCUCCCAGACGUCGUACGAUGACCUGGUCAGCAAGGUGGUGGAUGUGUUCAAGCCAGGAAAGUUCGUGACUACGCUUUUUGUCAAUCAGAGCUCCAAAUGUCGCAGCGUCUUUUCUCCCGCCCAGAAGGUGGAGGGCUACAAGCGCCUCGACCGCCAGCUGGCUCAAUUUAAUGAGUACAAUUUUGUCUUCACAAGCUACACAAAGAGCCGCCAACAGAACCAGCAGAGCUGAGGGUCAAGGAUGAAGAAGAGGCGUAAAAAGAAAGGCGGAAGCUCUGGGCCGCUCCCCCCCUGUGGCCGGCUUCUCCCCCCAGUAGAGAGCUUGUCGUCCUCCUCUUCCUCCUCCUCCCUCUUCUUCCGCCCCGGCUUCGCCUUGCGUUUGAAUUGUUUGCAUUGUUGUACCUGUGACUUAGACCUCUUGCAUGAAAGCUCUUCUCCCUGUUUCGAUAUUCUAGCUCACCUUUGCCGUGACCUUGAGGUGCAUGUAGAGGAAUUGAAUACGCUCCGUUUGCGGCCGCCCGCCCGCUUCCAGCGCGGCCGCCCCUUCCUGCAGGUGUCCCCCCUCAUCCUCCACAGACAAGGCUUCCGCCCACACUAGGCCAGGGCCCCUGACAUGCUCAGAUCGGUCCACUCAGCUAAUCCAUUGUGUGUCCCGUCCCCGCCAAAAAGGUGUCAAAAUUCGCCCAAAUAUACCUGAUUCGCUCAUGUAUUUAUUUAUGAACCACAAACCAGUUUCUUUUAGUGCACUUUAACAUACCUGUUUGCU